AUGAAAAGGAUCCAGUCUCAAGGAUGUUGCCAUCUUUCUGGUUUCCACAUGUUGCUGACAAAUGUGGUCUUCAGGAGGAGGUCGUGGUGCCCCCCAAUGUGUCUCGCGGAGCCUUCAAAAAACUUCCGUCAAAGCUGUGGAAGUAUGUGAUUCACGCGCUGGAGGGGGAUCUCUGCUACCAUCGUUUAUGUGCCUACGUUGCGUGCUUCGGGACUGUGUAUGACGCAGGAACUUUUAUUUGAAGGAGGGGUCCAGAUGGAAGCCCGGAUGUAAAAAGUCCUAGCUGCCUAGCGCCGCUCUAUAGUAGGAUUGUUAGAAUUGGGUUAGCAAUUCUGGUCAAUCGAAUAACCAAGUGGUUGAGGAAUCAACGGUCAAAGAUACGAGUGAUGAAUGGCUGAGAUUUAGGCGGGAAACGGUGUUGAUCAGGAAAGCUAAACGGUCCAGAUUGAGUCUGCAGAUAGAGUGUAAGACUCUAUAAAGACUGAGCAGAUCGAACAUGAUUGUAAUCAACACAACAGAGAAGCAUGAUAGAGAAGCAAGGCGCCUGUGAAAGGCGCUCGUGCUAUUGUCUCGUGUGCAACAUGUGACUGUCCAUGAAGUGCAACGAUGCAAUGCGCCGAUAUUCCAACAGGUUAUGGGCCCACGCCACGAGGUGAAGGCGCGGCUUGAUGGACAUGAGGUGAAGAGGGAGUGAAGAAUGGUCUGCUGAAGAGAAGAAGAGGAGCUCAAGAAGAAGAGCUCGAGAGAAGCUGAAAAGAUGGCGGCGAUUGAGAGGAUCUCAAUUCCGCAGCUGGGGACUGACAAUUGGCCUGUGUUCAAGGACAAGUUUCUGGCGUUGCUAGUGUACAAAGGGCUGGCAGUGGCAAUUGAGCAGCCUGAUUCAGCAGAAGGGAAGAAAGCGAAUGAUCAAGCUAGAGCGUUGAUCACUCCCUAUAUCCAAGAUGCGCAUGUGAGAUUGAUCAAAGGAGAAAAGUCUGCUGCAAGAGCAUGGGAAAAGCUGCAGCAGAACUUCGAGAAGAUCAGUAAUGCAAGGGUGAUUCAGCUUAGAAAGAAGCUGACACGCAUGAAGCUGAAGCCGAAGCAAGCGAUCGUUGAGUACUUGGGAGAGUUCAAGGAGAUCAAGCUGGACCUUGAAUCAGCAAACCAGACAGUUGACGACAUGGAGCUUGCCGUGCAUGCAUUGACAGGCCUUCCAAAGGAGUAUUCAACUCUGGUGGAAAUCUUGGAGAACGGAGAAAUGGAGCUGAACUUGGACAACAUCCAGUCGAAGCUCGUGCAAAGAGAACAGAAGUUGAAAAUGGAGGCCGAGAUUGAGAGCAAGAGAGCAGAAGUGGUGAUGAAAAAGGGAGUCUGCCAGAUUGUGGUGAACAACGUGGUGCAGCUGCGGGCAUUGCAAGAGAAUGGUCUGUGGAGAAUCGAGUCUGUGGGAGCUGAGCAGAAGUCAUUCUUCACAAGGGGACCAAUCAAGAGAGAGGAGACAGUGCAGAAACAGGAGAAGACUGUCAAGGAGAAGAAGGAGGAAAAGAGGACGGUCAAGAUGAUCGAGGUUGACCUUGACGAGGAGAGUGAGGAAAAUGAGGAGCGGAAGGUGGAAGAGAGCGAGGAGGAGAAAGAAAUGGAAAAGGAACGGACCGAGGAAGUGUCCGUCAGUGAGGAGAAGGAGGAGACGAGCGAGAAGUCAGCCAAGGGAGCGGAAAGCGUGGAAGGAAAAAACAGAAGAAACGAAGAGAAACGAGCUAGCUAG